AUGACGCUUCUGUCAUUGGCAAUCAGUUCUAUUAUUUUGCUGGCUAUCAUAUCGGAUGUGGUUGGAGCACCUCAGGGGUAUACGUCAUCUGCUCGACAGUUUAUAUCUUUGACACGGAAGACGCAACCUUCACGGAACAUCUCAGAGUGGGCGGAGUAUGCCAAGAACCUGCGGGACGCCACAAUUGCGAAGUACUCUUCACAACUUAGUCAAAAGCGGGGAACGGGCGAGAAUUUAUUGGUCAACCAGGGGAUUGACACAAGCUUCUACGGAUCCCUGGUUGUUGGUACACCACCUCACCCAUUUGACGUAAUUUUAGACACUGGAUCCUCAGAUAUGUGGGUUUCAUCGUCGACAUGCCAAUCUACGUGUGCAGGAACGGGUAAUUUUGACUCGGCAAAAUCCUCUACGUUUAAAAAUAUGAAUAAGAACUUCAGUGUGACCUACGAAAAAGGUUACGCAGCAGGCACUGUCGGGAAAGAUGUUGUUCAAAUGGCUGGUUUCACGAUCUCUGAUCAAACAUUCGGGGUGGUGACAACUACUGCGGCGAACUUCUUGCAAAAUCCUGUCACCGGUAUCUUUGGUCUCGCAUGGCAGUCGCUCGCAGCCUCUGGUGCUAUGCCGUUUUGGCAAGCACUUGCAAGUAAUGGCCAAUGGAGUCAACCCUUGAUGGCUUUCCAGUUGACUCGCUUUUUAAAUGACAGCAAAGCUGGCGAACUAGAACCUGGUGGAUCUUUUACAAUGGGAUAUACAAACGAGAGUUUAUACACUGGGACGAUCAACUACCAGGAUAUUCCCAAUGGGCAAGCUUCGUACUGGCUUCAACAAAUUACUUCGAUAACUGUGCAAGGAAAAUCUAUAUUUUUGCCAAGCGGCAGUGACUCUUAUGCUGCAAUUGAUACCGGUACGACACUCGUGGCAGGGCCUGCGGCUAGCAUCGCAGCCAUUUACGCUCAGAUCCCUGGAUCUCAGCCUGGGACGGGUAGCUGGGAGGGAUUCUACAGUUACCCCUGUAACACUGCUGUUGUGGUGGAGAUCUCGUUUGGAGGGCCCAAUUGGUCAAUCAGCCCCGGUGAUUUCGCAUUCACAUCCAUACCCACCUCGGAUGAAUGCUAUGGCGCAUUUUACGCAAUACCCACAUCUGGUGCCAGUGGGACUCCUUCCUGGAUUUUAGGCGACACGUUCCUGAAAAACGUUUAUUCAGUUUUCCGGUACGAUCCCCCAUCUGUCGGAUUCGCGGCACUGUCGGAAAUUGCACUUGAAAUGAAUGGCUUGGCUGGAGGAAUACCUUCCGCUACUCUCGGUGCUAACUCAGCAAUGUUUACCUUGGAGCCAAACGCGGCACCCCCAACACGCACCUCUAGUGCAGUUGCAAUCGUCAUUUCCGCUUUCUUCGCCACCUUAGUUUCAUUUGUACAAGCAUAA